AAGAAAGCAGUAGCCUGGAAGGACUUGCCUCACAAGCAGCAGCUCAUGGUGAUCGUCCUCACCAGGUUGUCGGAGCCUCUUGUCCAGACCAGUCUGCAAUCUUAUAUGUUCUAUCAGCUGAAGUGGUUCGACCCGUCACUUCCGGACUCGGUUAUUGCCACACAGGCGGGGAUCCUACAUGCCUCCUUCACAGCUGCGCAGUUAUUUACAGCCAUGCUCUGGGGGCGUAUUGCCGAUUCCAGUCGCUUUGGCCGCAAGACGGUUCUCCUCAUUGGUCUGACGGGCACCAUGGUAUCCUGUCUGGGGUUUGGCUUCAGCACGGCGUUCUGGCAGGCGCUGCUGUUUAGGAGCCUGGGAGGCGCUACGAACGGAAAUGUCGGUGUUCUCAGGACGAUGAUCUCGGAAAUCGUGCGUGAGAAGAAGUAUCAGCAGAGGGCCUUCGUUCUGCUGCCAAUGACUUUCAAUAUCGGUGUCAUCAUUGGACCCAUCCUCGGCGGGCUCCUCGCCGACCCUGCAACCAGUUAUCCAACUGUCUUCGGGGAGGUCGAGUUUUUCCGUCGCUUCCCGUACGCCUUACCGAACAUCGUCAGUGCGUUUCUUUUGAUGUCUGCAGCCUUGUCAGCUUGGUUGCGCCUGGAAGAAACGCUCGACACGCGAGCCGACAGGAGAGACUGGGGAAUUGAGCUCGGAAAGAAGAUCUCUUCGGCUGUGUCCUGCUGCUUUCGUAGGCAGGCGUCGGUCAAAUACGAAGCCCUUGCGUCUACUGAAGACGCCAACACCAGCUUCGAGAUGGCACACUCCCCGACCUCGCCGAGGAUGUCCUCUGCGGUCGGGAGGGACUCAACUUCUACGAAGCGGCGACCUCGGUAUACCCAGCGCCUUGCCUUCCGCCGCAUUUUUACCCGCAACGUCUGCACAACCCUCGUUGCUCAUUCUCUCCUCGCCUUCCACGUGGGCACCUUCAACUCCCUGUGGUUCGUCUUCCUUUCGACUCCGGUCUACGAUCCUGCCAAGCCGUCGGCGGCCGAGCGUCACUUGCCGUUCGUCUUUACAGGUGGACUAGGUCUUCCGCCCGCUAAAGUCGGUGUGGCAAUGUCGAUCCUGGGCAUUAUUGGUAUUACUUUGCAACUGGUCGUCUAUCCAGCCUUGUCUGCACGACUGGGCACUGUGCGCUGUCUGCGGUUGUUCCUCCUCUGCUUCCCUGUUACCUACUUCCUGCUUCCAUACCUGUCACUUGUGCCGAGCGCGUCGCCUCCGCCGAGCCCAAAGUCCGGCAUCUUGCUAUGGAUCUCCAUAGCAGCUGUUUUAUUCUUUCAGGUGGUCGGGAGGACCUUUAGCCUGCCCAACAGCACAAUCUUGGUAAACAACUGCUCACCACAUCCAAGCGUUCUGGGAACCGUGCACGGCCUAGCACAGAGUUGUACCUCGGCGGCAAGGACCAUUGGCCCAAUGCUCUGUGGAUAUCUAUAUGGCCUCGGACUUGCCAGAGGAGUCGUUGGCGCUGUGUGGUGGGGCCUGAGCGGCUUCGCGACCAUUGGAUGGAUGGCGAGCUGGCUCGUGAGAGAAGGUGAUGGCCACGAGAUUUGGCUGGAGGGUGAUGACGAAGGAGAGGUGGCAGCG